AUGUCCGAUCCCCCCCGCGGGGACGGUGCCGAGGGGAGGCCGCUCGAUCGGCGCGCAUCGGAGGGGGGAGUGCGCGGGUUGUGGUGGCGGCGGCGGCGGUGGAGGGGCGCUCGGCGUGAGUUCCAGUCACGCGCUGGCGGCGCCAGGGGCGGCCGGCGCCCUCUGCCGGGCGGGGCGAGCGCCGCUCAAGCGGUGCCGUUCACCAGCGGCUCGGCCUUCGCCUUGGCGAGGGGCGAGCGCCGCUUGCCGCUGCGCUUGUCGCCCUCGCCGCCCGCCGCCCCCGCCCCCGCCGCCGCUGCCGCCCCCGCCCCCGCCCCCGCCGCCCCGCCGGCGCCGUUCUUCCACCCGCCACCUGCGCAACGAACGCCACCGGUGUGCGGUAGUGUGGCAGUCGUGGCGGUGGUGGCAGUGGCAGUGGCAACGGUGGCGGGGUACCUGUGCGCCGGCGCCGGCGCCGCCUCGCGCCGCCGUCCGUGGCAGCGCGGCCCUCCUCCGACGACGCCGAUUCUACAACACACGCGCGCCCUC